AUGGUAACCAUAUGUGUGAACGCCACAGAGGAAGGCAUCAAGCCAGUCGAGGUUGAGGAGAAGAAAGACGAGGGAAAUGAAGAGAAGGUCGUCGAAUCGGAGGCGAAAACGCCGACAACGAGCGCUGACGAACAGGUGGACAUUCCAUUAGAUGAUCGCGCUGCGAAGAUUAUGAACAUUUUGUCUAAAUUCAGAACCUUCAAAAAACCUAAACGAACCAAGAAAACCAAAGGCGGCAUUUCUAAGAAAUUCGCUAAGAAGAUGACAGCAUGGGCGACAAGGGCCAAGGAACUUUCAGAACAGAAGGCCUCAGCCUCUAUGUUUGUGCAUGGUAUAUUUAAUGAAAUCAAAACAACGUCUGAUGAGGAUAUCAGUGACGAUGAUAGCGACGUAGAAGAAGAGUUUUUAGACAUGUAUUCUACAGGAUUCAUGGCAAUGAUGCCUAUACUAUUAUCAAAAGACUUCCUGUAUCCCCCAUUUAAGGUGCUUUCUGACGCAUAUCCUGAUUGGUUAGCUGAAAACAAAGAUAAAGUUUCUGUGGGUGAAUUUGAAAGAUACAAACGACAAUACGAGUCACUACAAAAGAUAUGCGAAGCGUACGAAAAAGAAGACGACUCAUCAUCCGAUAGUAUGGACAAUAUGUAUGACAUGAUAGACUUGCUGGAAGCGCUUGAAGGCAAUGGAGAUCCACCCGAAGAAUUACAAGCCAAACAAGCAACCGUCGAAAUGAAUCUACAACUCAUUAACAAGACAUUGCCACAGGACAUUCAGAAAGACGGCACUAACUGCACCAUAUUGUAGCC